AUGGCCCGUAAACCAGUCCCACAGCCGCUCACCCUGGGGAGUCCGAGCCGACCCAGCGACGACCCUCAUGGUGGUGGAACGCCAGUCCCAAAUCCAAAUUCAGCAAGCCUGCCAUCAGCUACCGCCUCUCCAGCAUCGCCCCGAUCCCCGCGCUCGCCUUUCCGGUUCGGCCAGAAAAAGCCAGAUAACUCUGGAGAACCUCUGCAGCUUGCCGAGGUACUGAGCCAGCCUCAGUCUGCGCAACUGCCGCAACAGCAGCAACAGCAGGGACGGAAGCAACAGCAGCAGGUAGAACGCAGUGCCGCUCCCGAUCCGCUGCCCUCGCCAAGCGGUCGGCCUGGGGACCAACAGCAGCUGGGCCACAGACAUCCGAGGCACGACGGAGACAAGGCCUCAAAAUCGGGCUUCCGUUUUAACUUUGGAAAAGCGGCCAAGUCUUCCGACAGACCGGUCGCUUACCAACAGUCGGAAUCGCUCACUGAAACCAUGUCGAGAGACUCAGAGCACCCGAAUCUCUCCAAACAAAGCACCAAACACUCAGACUCGUCCCAUCAAGAUACGGCACCCCCAAAGCCGAACACACCUCUGCCAUCCAGGUCCGAAGUGUCGCUCGCCUCGUCCGCUGACUGCGAGAACUCGGCCAAUUCCACGAACCCCUCAAAACGAUCUAAGCCGAAACCUUUUACCUUAUUAAGCCGUACAAGAUCGAUCAAGGAUAAGGAUAGCAAAGACAGUCCGAGCCCUAAGGAACAGGUACCGGCGCCGGCCAAAGCCGUUGAGGUAGAGAGGCCGUACACGUCGGCGCAAGCACCGCUGAAGACUGCACCACUUCAACCACACGAUCGUUCGUUUAGGGAAAUGAUGUCCUCGGCGGUUCGGAAUCACUCCGCGGAGCGCUCCCAACCGAGGGACGUUCGCGGGAGGACAAGGGACCAGGAUAGUCACCACAGGGGUCUGCCAUCUUCGCUCAGGGAAGCCAGCGGCUCGGCAUUCUUCAGCAACCUCAAACACAGCAGGGCGGCCGGCAUCUUGAGCAAUCGCUUCUUUGGCGGGGGUGCAAGGCAUGAGAAUUCUGCGCCAAAGGAGCCGGUGGUGGACGAUGAACAUUAUGUUCUCAAGGUCAUCAACUUACCGCUAAUUGAGCAAACGCGCCUUACCCGGAUAUCGAAAAGGUUGGAGGAUUCCCGCGAUAAGACCGAGUUCUGGAUGCCCGCCUUCCCUUGGAGGGCGAUUGACUACCUCAAUUACAAAGGAAGCGACGUAGAGGGACUGUAUCGGGUCCCAGGAAGUGGACCACAGAUCAAGAAGUGGCAGAGGAAGUUCGACGAAGAGCUAGAUGUGGAUCUGUUUGAACAGCCUGAUCUCUACGAUAUCAAUAUUGUCGGCUCCAUGCUGAAGGCGUGGUUGCGCGAGCUCCCGGACGAAAUCUUCCCCAAAGAGGCGCAAGAGCGGAUUGCAAGGGAGUGCGCGGGAGCGGAGAAGGUCCCCCAAAUGCUCAUCGACGAGCUUUCGAACCUUCCGCCCUUUAAUUACUACCUCCUCUUUGCCAUCACCUGCCACCUGAGUCUUCUCCUUGCACAUCAGGAGAAGAAUAAGAUGGACUUCCGCAAUCUAUGCAUAUGCUUCCAGCCAUGCAUGAAGAUUGACGUCUUCUGCUUCAAAUUCCUGGUCUGCGACUGGCGGGAAUGCUGGAAGGGGUGCAAAAACGAGGCCAAGUACAUCGAGGAGGAAUAUGCGCUCUUUGACCAACCGCCACCGAAAGCAGCCGUCGAUCCGAGUAAGAACGGCGCCAUAGGCGAUGAGGAAAGGCAGGAAGAACGCAAGGUCUCCUCGUCGGACAGCAGCAAGAGCUCCAGCCGCGGCGGGACCGACCAAAAAGGUCGUUUCAAGAAGAAAGCACUCCCUGAAAGCGAGAAUGGCGAAACUGGCUCGGUGGUGUCGACGACCCUUACAGUUAGCAGCGAGCGUGAGACGGCACCGAGGAGAUCUGGCGACCUACGGCCCCUCUCACCUAUCAAGCCUCUAUCGCCUCUCAAUUUCUAA